GCUUUGCUACCGGAAAAGCUAUUUAUUCAUUCGUCUUGCCGCAGGCCCGCUCUGUCGUACGAUAUUUCUCACGGCGACUGUGCCGUAGGGGCCUCGUACGCUUUUCCUAGCACAGUCCUUCACAGAGCGUCGCUGAGCGAACGAGAUGCUUCCCCCGGCCUUGCUUCAGUUCUUGACACUGGUGUUCGGGUACCUAUACCCAGCGUACCUCUGCUUUAAAGCCAUCAGGAAGCGACGGCCUGACGUCAAAGAGCUACUAUGGUUCUGCCAAUUCUGGGUGCUCAUUGCCCUCAUUACAGUCACAGAACGCUUGGCUGACCCCUUCUUGGAACGAUUGCCAAUGUAUGCAGAGGCGAAGCUAGCCCUGGUCAUCUACCUCUGGUACCCUGACAACAAAGGCACGGACCACGUCUACAAUAACUUGCUACAGCCGGUGUUGUUACAGAACGAAGAAGACAUUGACAAACACGUGGAUGAAAUUAAGGGGCGUGUGAAUGAUGCUGUGAGCCAGGUGCAAACUGCUGUUUCAGCAUACAUGCAAGCGGUUGUGGAUGAGACCAUCGCAAACCUGACUGCUGUUUCGGCCCAAGCGGCGGCAGCAGCUGCUGCUCAGCAGCAACGGCAACAGGCGAGGCAGCAGCAGCAGUGGCAGCAGCUGGUGAGUUGAUCUCACAGAAUGGGUUGGCAGCAGGCUAUUCGUCCCCUUGACUCAACCCAAUCACUUCCACUGAGCUGCUGGCCACUUCCUUCCCUCGCUUGCAGAUGACUGGUGCUGCUGAUAGCAGCACGGUUGGCACAAAUAGCAUGCACAGCUCAAGACAGUUGGAUGCAUCACAAGAGGCUGCUGAAGUUGACCAAGGACUGUUGGGCAUGGAAACUGACACGGAGGAAGAAGACAUGGGAAAUGCUGCUCAAGGUGAUGACGAAAGGAUAGAGGGGGGUAUCCAGCCUGAGCAGAGCUCAAUUCAAAGAGGAAUUUUUGGUUUUAGCUUCCUUCGUCGAGGGUGUGCAGUUGUCUCUCAAACGUAGUAUAAGUCUCUGUUUAUGUUUGUAUACAUGUAGCCCAUGAUGGUUGGGUUCCUUGCACAUGUAACACUGCUGAAAGCAGGGGAU